AGCGGCAAUUUAAGUCGGGAGAACAAAAAAAGGUCACACGGUGCUAAGUCGGGUGAAUACGGUGCUUGUUGAAGUUGUACAACGUCGUGUUUCAUUAAAUAGUCUUGCACUAGUUUGGCUUUGUGAACUGGCGCGUUGUCGUGGUGUAAAAUCCAAUUUUUGGCCGCCCACAAAUCCGGCCGUUUACGACGCACUGCAUCCCUCAAACGCUUCAUAACACCGAUGUAAUACUCCUUAUUAAUGGUUUGGCCAUUUGGCAAGUAUUCGAAGUACACAUGAGAGUAACUAUAUUGUUAAACUUAAUUAUAUAAUACAUUUUUUAAACUGUCAUCAUUUUAAUGUAUUAGAAACAUUUGUUGACAUGAUAAAUUUAAUUAUAAAUAAGUGCCAAUCAGAAAAAGAUAUAAACCACCAAAUCCAAUUUCAAUACUGCACAGAGCAGUUAGUUGAUGUUAUAAAAAAUUCUACAACCAUGUUUAUGAAACUUUUGGGUGCUACUACAUUUCUAAAUCAAUUAGAUUUGCGAAUUAUUGAUACAUUUUUAAUAACGCCAAGAGUAAUCGACAAUGAAAUCGAAUUAUUUUACAUUUAUACAGAUGCUAAAAUGAAUCGACUAGUAUUUGAUUAUAAAAAUAGAAUUGUUGAUAUUUUUGAAGAUAUAAAAAUAUUUCAUAAAAGUAUAGCCGAGCCAACAAUACAAAAACUCUACGAAUUAAACAUGGUCUGUGGUUUUGAAAAUAGAAAUGAAAUUUCAAAUGUUUUGAUGACAAAGUAUGACGUAAAUAAUAUUGAUGAACAAAAAAAUGACCCAGACGAUUUCGUAAAUUUAAUUUGUAAUGAUCUUAAUACAUUUUAUAGUCAAAUAGCUGACAAUUAUUACAGGGACCUUGGCUUUGGAGAGCUAGUAGGAACUAAUUAUUUCAGAUAUGAACAUCGUAAGCUUCAAAUAUAUUAUAAAGAAGAUGGCAUUAUUCUUUUCAAUAAUCUUCUUUCUUAUCCUGGUUGGCAAUCAUAUCAAAAUAUAACUACAAAAACCAAUGGAAAUUAUGUUAACAUUAAAAAUUUUAUAGGUUCAAUACAUAGAUCGAAUUAUAAUCAUGUACAAAUAUGUAUAAUACAAACAUUAAGAUGUAGGUAUUUUGAAAUAGCACAAACUUUUAAUUCUAUGUUGGGUGCUUCAAUAAGUGUUUGUGAAAAAGAACACGAAAACCGGUGUGCAACUAUACUAUUUAAAUUUUUAGAAAAAAUCAACAUUAUGUUAAAAAAUAUGCUUUUUGCUUUGGUUACAUUAAGACAAACAUUUCAACAUACAGCAAGACGAUCAAAAAAUACUCCAGUUGAAACACUUAUAGAAUCUUUUAUAGAGUUAAUUUGCAAAUUAAGAAGUAAAUAUUAUCCAGGUAUGUUUUUUUCUAGUCAAGGUGUUAUUGCAAUAAUAUUGUUCUUCAAUGAUAUCAUACAAGAACGCAAAGAAAAUUUAGAUAAUAAAUUAUACGCAGCCAAAAAUUAUUAUAUGAGGUAUUUCAAAAUGCCAUUAAAAAUUAUAGAAGAAAAUUGGUUUAAGGUAACAUUUCAACAUCAAAUUGAAAUUAAUAAUUCACUUGAUAACAGAUAUGGAUAUAUGUGUGAUUUUCUAUAUUCUUUUUGUGAUGAAGUUCAAAUAAACGAUUAUGAAAAACUUGGAUUUGACAGUUUACCAGACUUACUAAAAAAAGUACAUAUUUACUAGGUAUUAUAGUUAAUAUAGAUAUAGUUAAUUAUAUUUAUUUGAUUAAUUCCGGUAUUU